UCGGUGAGCUUGUUCUGUUUAUGCUGCUGACUCUGAGUGCUGAUACCCGUGAUAUUUAAUGAAAUAACCCCAAAAAUAUAGUUUUGGUUCCAUUUCUAUAUGAUAUUCUCACUCUAAAUUCAAUUCAAAUCGUCCACUCCACUUCAUUUCCAAUAAAUGGACAUUUCGGUUUCUUUUUUCACAUCCGGGCGAUUGCAAGAUGUCUGCUCCCAUCGAAAAGGAAAAAUUUAUAGAAAUCCGUAAAUUACGCAAGAAAUUAAGACAAAUAGACCAUUUGGAAAGCUUAGAUCGAGAUCUUACAAAGGAAGAAACCCAAAAGGUAAUUAAGAAGUUGGAUAUAAGAUCAAAACUACUUGAAUACCUUUCACAAAUUUCUGAGGGUAAUGAACUCCUGGAAGAUGCUUCAACAAGCAACUUAUCUGUUGAAUCAAGUUUUAGUGAUAUCACAGCCAAUGAUAACAGUGCCAUAAACAAAUCAGAAAUUGACCUAGAACCACCAAUUACUGCUGAAGUAAAUGGAGAGGGAGAUACUGAAGCCAUAUGUGAUGAACAAUCUUUACCAGAAGUUGCUUCAAAAGCUACCAUGGAGACUACCCCAGAUCAAACACAGACCCCUCCUGUACCUGUUAAAAGACGUAAACAGGAACAAACUCUAAAACAGCAAGAAACUGAGCAGAAAAAUGUUCCAGUGACAAGUCAAAAGAAGCUGAAAGCAGGGAAGAGUGAGGAUCAAAAAAGAAUUGAAGAGUUACAACAAUGGAGAAACAUCAGCUUUGAUGUGCGUACCCUAGAGGGACAUGAGGAUUCUGUGUGUACUGUGGCAUGUGAUGGACAAAUAGCAAUAUCUGGGGGGAAAGACACAGCAGUAAAGGUCUGGAAUUGUGCUACAUGCGCAGAAAUCAGGAAUCUGGGGGGUCACUCUGGGACUGUCACUGCUAUAGUCCUACUAGAUGAACAACAUUCAACAAUAAUUGGUAGAGAAUACAAUUUGAAUGAUACAGACAGGAUUGUGGUGAGCGGAUCCUUGGAUUGCUCUCUUAGGCUUUGGUCCAUAGAUACUGGCUCAACAUUGAAAUCCAUUUAUACAUUUAAUCCAGUAACAACGAUUGGCUACAUUGGAGGUGCUGGACUGAUUGUAUCUGGCUCAGAUGGUGGCAAGUUAGAGCUGUGGGAUCCUGUUAGUGGAGAAACUGUCCAUUCUGUAUUAGCGUUUGAGGAUCGUGUAACAUGCAUCCAUGUAGUUGAGGACUCGAUACAUUGUUCGUGUAGCGAUGGCACCAUCAAGAUCUACACUGUACGUGACCGAACACUUUGCACGAUGUACGAGUCAGAGAAUGUACAAUCAGUCACCAGAGGGAGCCUUAUUCUCAGAAAUAUUCUCAGCUUGCAGGUGUCGAGAGAUAAAAUAUUUUUUGGGGAUAAUGGAGUUAAUAUCAAAGUAUUGGAGUGGAGGGCAGGUGUUAUACACAAAUUGAGCCAACAUUGCUUUGAGUUUGGCUCUACAACUGCCUUGUCUGCACUCAGUGAUCUCAUGCUAGCUGCUGGAUAUGACCUUGACAGUGGCCUAGGAUACAUUAAUGUUCGGAGCCUUCCUAGUGAAAAUUACCUAGCCACUUUGAAUGAUGGGAGCACAGAGAAAAUGACUUGUAUGGCUGCCACCAGAUGUCAGCAGGGUCUCAGAAUCAUCACUGGGGGCAAUCAAGUUAAAGUAUGGACUCAAGUGAAAGGCAGGCAAAGGACUAAUGCAGGAGUGGUCCACACUACAUACAACUUACGCUAUACACAAAAUGCAGAGAGUUCUGCCAGUGAGAGUGAACUGGACACUGACAAUGAGCUUAGUGACUCUGAACAAGAAAAUGACAAUACAAAGCACAGAAAACUAGAUACCUUCCAGGAAGUUGAGACUGAUAAAGGCUGGAUGAGUUGGUGUACCGUGUUAUAAUAUCAGGACAAGUUGAAUGUUUUAUUUUAUAUCGAGUCCAUCAGAAGGAGGCAAUUAGUCUUCCAUAUAGUUUGUCUUCCCUUUCAAGUUUUAUUCCUGCAAUGUAUGGGGCUAAUCAUGGCACAGACUGGAAGAUGGUGGGUGAAUAAUGUGAGUAAGUAAAAGUGGAUCGGUUGGAUGAAUAAAUAAAUUGAGUUGAAUGGGGAAUGAAAAACAAAAUGAAUGUAUGAGAAGAAACAGGGUCAUACUUAAUUCAGAUCAGUCUAGGUAAAUUGAUUAUUGGCGGUAUCUGGCUAAAAGCCUUCUCCUUCAGGAGUCAAUGUGAUUCUGAUAUGGCUAGAUAACUGUGGCAUCACAUAGCCAAAUAUGGCCAUUCAUAGUACUGGUUGUGUGAAAAAAAGUAAAUAAUGAACACUCGUGUUUAAUGAGCAC